AUGAACAUAAUGGAUUAGAUGAAUUUCAUCUUGGUGAAUGAGUCAUUAGACAAUGAUUGUAUAGUGGUUAGGUUUAUGGUUAAUAACCAAGAGGUUUUGCCAAAAAUAGAGUUCAAAUUGACUAAAAAUUAUUCAGAGCAAUAUUCAUCAGUCCUAUUUGAACAUCUAAAUAAUCACAUUCCUAAAGAGUUUCACUAUUUAUAUUUUGUAAGUUAUUGAUAAACUAUUAAAUUGCUUAGAAUGAACCUUUAGAAUGCAUGAAAAAAUCAAGAUUCAAUUUGAUUGCUUAUUUAAGCGUGGAUGUUAUACUAAAAAUAUUAAACAUAAAAUAUAUACCGAUAAUAAGAACAAAUUAUUCUCGGUACACAAUCAGUGAUGUAAAUUGUACAAAUAUUCAACUUAGGCUAUUCAAGAGGGAAGCACAUCAGUAAUUGACAAAAUGAACUAGAGUUGGUAAAGAUAAUGUAAAUUCAAAUCUAAGAUGACAAAAGAGUUUAUGUCAACUUUAAAUGAAUUCAAAUAUUACUAUCGUAUAGAGAUUCUAAUGACAUCGACAUUACAAUAAAUAAAAUAAGAAAUAUAUUCUGAGUAUGAUGUACUUUAUGUACCAACAGAUGACUUAAUAUUCUUAAAAACCAAUAAAAAAUAAAAACUUUCAUUGUCAAGUCAUAAUUUAGAGCAAAUAAAAUAAUGUAAUUAGUUAAUAUGA